AUGUCACAACAUAAAAAUCAAACGUAUGCGGCAGUUACAGCGAGUACACAUCAAUACACAAAUAUUGUCGAAGUCGAAGAUACGCUUAAUCAGGUUAGGCAACAACCAGCAAAAAGGAAGCAAUGCAAUUCAUCAGAGCAUAUAACAUUUGAAUUAAAUUCGUCAUCAUCGGAGUCGGACGCCGAGGCGGGUGGCGAGAUGUCCUCGGUCGCAGGCGGACGCAUCACUACUGAAGGCAGCUCCGCCGAUGUCGCCGAUUAUCAACUACGAAGACUAGUGAAGACGGUGUGGAAGGUUUAUCUUUUAUAA